UUUACUCUCGUUACAGUAACAGAUUUGUUUUUUUGUGUAGGCCUACUUUUUGUAUUUUAAAAAAUCUGUAAUUUUACAUUUACUUUUUUUAAGUCGCUACAUAUCAAAAGUCACACAUGAAAAAGUCCUGAUAAACUGUGUGAGAAUGAAGCAGAAGAGAGGAGAUGAAUCAGCAGCUGCAGGUGUGUCUCAGGUGUGUCUGUGCUAGCUCCGCCUCCAGAGAGGUGACGCACACGGAAAUGAUACUUCAUAAAUGUUUCCGUUCACGGUCACAGUUCACAGGCUGCACACUUCAAACACAAUCACAUUAAGGAUCAUAUGUUGUGUGGUAAUAAUAAGCAUCAGCUAUUGUACCUCGGCAUAGUUAACAAACCAGUAUUUUGAUGAUAAGUGACCCACCCAAGAUGUUCAUCACCUGUAUACAGUCGGAGCACGUUGGUCCUGGAUUUCGGCGCCGUUCAGACAGGAACUCACAAUCAUUGAUCUCCACCUCAAAGUGUGACGAGGGUCUUCUCUUGAUCCGGCUGCUGUUGAUGACACCAUAGUUUCCUCCUGAGGGACCCAGCCUACUUUGUACGAUUUUUAAGCAACCAUGGGCAACACACCCUCACGUCAAUGCGAACUUGAGAUAGAAGAGAAAACCGUUUUCUUAACCGGCAAGAAAGUGUACAGGAUUCCUGCUCUUUUCUACGACAGAAACAGAAAACGCCUCUUGGCCUUUGCGGAGAGGCGGAAGACUCGUUCUGAUACCAGCACAGAGGUGCUGGUUAUGAAGACAGGAAUGGUGAUCAAGGAUGAAGACACUCAUGAAGUGACGAUAAAGUGGUCACAGCAAAAAGUGGUGGAGGAGGCACUCCUUGAGGGAUGCCAUCCUAUGAACCCCUGCCCGGUUUAUGAGAAGACCAGCAAAAAACUCUUCCUGUUUUUCAUCUGUGUUGAAGGCACCGUUUCAGAGCAGUGGCAGAUACGGCACUGCUGCAACAAGACUCGUCUCUGCUAUAUCACAACUACCGAUGCUGGCGAAAGUUGGAGUCCCGUGACUGAUUUGACUGACUUGAUGGCUGAAAUCAAGCAGUGGGCCACAUUUGGUGUUGGGCCAGGCCAUGGUAUUCAAACAGAGAGUGGUAGAUUGAUUGUCCCAGUUUAUGCAUAUGCUCCGGACUCUCGUUGGUGUUGUUCACCAUGCAAUUCCUAUACUCCAUAUGCACUCUCCCUGCAUAGUGACGAUAACGGCAGCAAAUGGCACUUUGGCAAAAUGCUUAAAAAUGAGUCACUCGAAUGUGAAAUGGCAGAGUUUUCUGAUGGAACACACAGCUUCAUCUACUGCAAUGCACGUAGUAAGGGGGGCCACCGAGACGAAGCUCUCAGUGAAAAUAAAGGAGAUGAUUUUUACGAGCUGAGUCUAGGAAAGCUUGUGGAGACAGGUUCAGGCUGUCAGGGAAGUUUGGUCUCCUUUCCUGCUCAGAGUGACGCUGCAUAUGCAGAUAAUGAUCCAAACAAGUGGCUGCUCUACAGCCACCCAAGCAAUAAGUCCAAAAGGUUUGACUUAGGAGUGUAUCUGAAUAAGACUCCAAAAGACCAGAGAGCAUGGAGCGAACCCUGGAUCAUUAACGAAGGGCCCAGUGGUUACUCAGACCUGGCUUACAUUGAUGACGGGUGGUUCGCAUGUCUUCUGGAGUGUGGGAAGAAUCGUGAAACUGAACAGAUAGCCUAUAAGGUUUUUAGCUACAGUGAAAUAAAGAAGGGCAUUUUAGUGUAAAAAUGAUUGACUUUGUUUGGAUUUUGAUUUCAGCUGUAACAACAGUUAAACUUAUGAUACCGUACUAACAUGGUGUACUUCUGAGGUGUAAUUCAAACUAUGUUAUAUUGACAGAGUUUAUUAAAUGUAAAGAAUAAAACAAUAUUUUUGACAAAUAAAUGGA